AACUGGGAAACAUUGCUUUGUCCAGUUCCAUGUAAAACCCACACUUCUUAUCAUUGGCGUACUCGUACAUUGGACAUCCUAAAUACCUGCUCGGUGGGUUGACUCCAUCAACAGCAAGUCGUCUACUGGCUCUCCAACCAUGGUAACAGACCACAACACCAUCAUAUUCAAACUCAUCCACCAUCACCCGGCCCGCAGGUUUAGUAGUCUCUCCAGACAUGGACUUUGCUUUGGAAGAGAAGAAGAAACUGAGGAAAUGAGAUGUUGUCUAAGUAUGAGAAGUUGUCUUAAAUAGACAAAGGAAAUAAAAAGGCUGACAUGAGAAAAGUAACAAAAAAAUUUCACAUGAGAAUAGUGAAAGAA